AUGGUCUCGCCCGAGAAGAAAGCCGAGGGCGCCACGGCGAACCAGCUCACCGAGGCCUUUGGGAGAGAGCUCUCGUUGGCCUCGCGCUCCGUCCAUGCUGAUGACUAUACUAACUCGCAUACGGCCGUGGCUCCCCCAAUGCACGUAUCGACCACAUUCCGCUACUCGGAGAACCCCGACGAGUUAGUAGCAUGGUCAGAUGUUGAUCCCCAAGAUAUAGAUGACUUCUUUAUCUACUCCCGUGAGAAGUCGCCCAACACGGUCCGCUUUGAGGCCAUUCUCAGCUCGCUUCUCGGCGGCCCAGUCGUGUCCUACGCCUCUGGGCUUGCCGCCUUCCACGCCAUGGUCGUCUUCCUGAACCCCAAGCGGGUAGCCAUCGGUGGCGGUUACCAUGGAUGCCAUGGCAUCCUCAAGCUGUUGAACAAGCUCAACGGCCUCGAACAGCUUGAGCUUGAGAACGACGAGGACUUGGCCAAGCUGCAGCCGGGUGACAUCAUCCACGUCGAAACACCACUGAACCCCACGGGCGAAGCUCGCGAUCUGGCGUACUACCGCAAGAAGGCCGACGAACUGGGCUGCUACCUAACCGUCGACGCGACGUUUGCGCCGCCGCCGCUACAGGAUCCAUUCCGCUAUGGCGUCGACAUCAUCAUGCACAGCGGAACCAAGUACUUUGGCGGGCACAGCGAUAUGCUAAGCGGUGUCCUGGCCAUCCGCCCAGACCGGGCGCCCGGCAAGGACGGAUGGCUGUUUGGCCUGCGCGAAGAACGGCUCGUCAUCGGUGGCGUCUUGGGAAGCUUUGAGGGCUGGCUCGGGGUGCGCAGCCUGCGAACGCUAGAACUGCGCGUGCGGCGGCAGAGCGAGAACACGAAGCACCUGGUCGAAUGGCUGGCAUCUCAAAAGAAGGCCGGCAACAAUCCCGUGUCGGACCUCGUCUACAAGAUCCAGCACUCCUCCCUCCAACCCGAGGCGGCCGAUCCCGACUCGUGGCUGAGCAAGCAGAUGCCCAACGGCCACGGGCCGGUUUUCUCGCUGUGGCUGCAGUCGGAGCAACACGCCAAGCGGCUGCCGAGCAAACUGUUGCUCUUCCACCACGCGACCAGUCUCGGCGGGGUGGAGAGUUUGGUGGAAUGGCGGGCUAUGAGCGACUCGGCGGUCGACAGGAGGCUGGUCCGGGUUAGUGUGGGUGUCGAGGGCUGGGAGGACUUGCGGGAUGAUCUGCUGCGGGGGCUGGAGGCGUUGAGCAAGGAGGUGCCUGUUGCUAAAUAA